AUGGACAGGAUUAAGAUGUUGACGAAUUUACUCGUGUGGCAGCCCAAGGCGGUCGCCCUCCAAGUCGCCAGUGAGGGGAGGAUCGCGCAGUCGUUCGCCGCGCUCUCGCUCCCCUCCCCGUGUCCGUUCGCCGCGCUCUCGCUCUCCCCCUCCCCGUGCCCGCUCGCCUCGCUCUCGCUCGCCGCGCGCCCGUUCGCCGCGCUCUCGUUCGCCCGCCCCGCACGCUCGCCCCGUCGUGACUCUCGCGAUCGUUCGCCCCGUCGUGACCGAUCGCCGCCUCCCCGCACCAUCAAUCCGGGCGACACGCUCUACGUGACCGGCCUCGCUUCCCGCACGAGGGAGGCCGAUCUCGAGCGCAAGUUUUCCAAGUUCGGCGAGGUCGUCAAGGCCCACCUGGUGUGCGACCCGAGGACGGGCGAUUCGAGGGGUUUCGCGUUCGUGACGAUGGGCUCGGACACCGAGGCGCAGGACGCCAUGGAGGGCGGCAACCGAACCGAGCUGGACGGCCGCAUCAUCAGCGUUGAGAAGUCCAAGCGCGCCAGACCCAGGUCCCCCACGCCGGGCCGCUACUUGGGCCACGAAAAGGGCUCCUCUUUGCCUCGCUACGGCGGCGGCGGCGGCGGUUAUGGAGGCGGCGGCGGCGGCCGCUACGGUGGCGGAUAUGGUGGCGGCGGUGGAUAUGGAGGGCGGUCGGGCGGCAGCAGCUACAGCGGCCGGCGCUACGACCCCUACGAGCGCAGGGACAGGAGGAGUCCCUCCCCCCGCUCUCGCCGCUCCCCCGACUACAGCCGCCGUUCCCGCUCGCGAAGCCGCUCGCGCUAA